UUGGGAGUUGGAACUGGGAUGUGGGGAGUGGGAAUGGGAACUGGGAUAUGGGGAGCAGAGACUGGAAAUAGGAAUGAGAAUUGGGAUAUAGAGAAUGGGAUAUGGGGGGGCAGGAAAUGGGAUAUGGGGGAUGGGAACUGGGAUAUGGGGAGUGGAGAUUGGGAUGUGGGGCAGUGGGGAUUGGGAUGUUGAGAGCAGGGGUUGGGAUGAGGUAGUGGGAUAUAGGGAGUGGGGAAUGGGAUAUUGGGGGUUGGGAAUUGGGAUAUGGGGAAUGGGAAUUGGGAUACAGGGAAUUGGGGAUGGGCAAUGGGGAGUGGAGAUUCGGGAGUGGGAUGUAGGGGAUGGGAUAUGGGAGUGCAGAGCACUCCCUGCACAAGAGCUGCUCACAACUCUGCUCAGCACAUCCAUUCCCACUGAAACCUCACUCUGGGGUCACAUCCCCAUCACUCCACAGCCCCGUGUUUGAUUUCUCCCCACGGCCAGAGGUCAGACUCAGAUCCGUGUGCAGUGGGGUCUGACAGCUGCUGCCAGCCCUUCUGCUUCCUGCUCAGAACAUCCUGGGAGGAUCACACCCACAAGGGCUGAGGAGGAGGCGGCUGCAGGGGGAGAAUUCCCUUUGGGAUUCCCAGUUUGGGACGAGGACAAGGCUUUGGGGAGUUUUACUGCAAGGAGCAGCAGCAGGGGAGGAUGGAGCGCCUGGCCUCCUUCAGCAGUGACCCUUUUGACAAGCCCCCGUGCCGAGGCUGCUCCUCGUACCUGACGGAGCCCUACGUGAAAUGUGCUGAGUGUGGGCCCCCUCCCUUCCUGCUGUGCCUGCAGUGUUUCACCCGAGGAUUUGAGUACAAGAAGCAUCAAAGUGAUCACACUUAUGAGAUAAUGACAUCUGACUUCCCUGUCUUGGAUCCCAACUGGACAGCUCAGGAGGAAAUGUCUCUCCUGGAAGCUGUGAUGGACUGUGGAUUUGGGAACUGGCAGGAUGUGGCCAACCAGAUGUGCACCAAAUCCAAGGAGGAGUGUGAGAAGCACUACAUGAAACACUUCAUCAACAACCCCCUGUUUGCCUCCACCCUGCUGAACCUGAAGCAGGCAGAGGAGGCUCAGCACCAUGAGACAGCCAUUCCCUUCCAGUCUGCUGAUGAUCCCCCACGGCCCACCUUUGAUUCCUUGCUCUCCAGGGACAUGGCAGGGUACAUGCCAGCCAGAGCUGACUUUGUUGAGGAGUUUGACAACUAUGCUGAGUGGGAUUUGAGAGAUAUUGAUUUUGUAGAAGAUGAUUCAGACAUUUUGCAUGCUUUGAAGAUUGCAGUAGUAGAUAUCUAUCAUUCCAGGUUAAAGGAAAGACAGAGACGGAAAAAAAUUAUAAGAGAUCAUGGCCUGAUAAACCUCAGAAAAUUUCAGAUUCUGGAGAGGCGCUACCCCAAGGAGGUGCAGGAGCUGUACGAGGGCAUGAGGAGGUUUGCGCGGAUCCUGGGGCCGCUGGAGCACGACAAGUUCAUCGAGAGCCACGCGCUGGAAUUUGAGCUGCGCAGGGAGAUAAAGAGACUCCAGGAAUACAGAGCAGCAGGAAUCACCAAUUUCUGCAGUGCCAGGACCUACGACCACCUGAAGAAGAGCCGGGACGAGGAGCGGCUGAAGCGCACGAUGCUGUCGGAGGUGCUGCAGUACAUCCAGGACAGCAGCGCCUGCCAGCAGUGGCUCAGCCGCCAGGCAGACAUUGAUUCUGGCCUAACUCCCACGGUACCAGUUCCUUCAACUACAGGCAGACGGAGUGCCCCACCACUGAACCUCACAGGCCUGCCAGGCACAGAGAAACUCAACGAGAAGGAGAAGGAGCUCUGUCAGAUGGUGAGGCUGGUCCCUGGAGCCUAUUUGGAAUAUAAAGCUGCUUUAGUGAAUGAGUGCAACAAACAGGGAGGCCUGAGACUGGCGCAGGCUCGAGCCCUCAUCAAGAUUGAUGUGAACAAAACCAGGAAAAUCUAUGACUUCCUGAUCAGAGAAGGGUACAUCACAAAGGCCUGAGGACAGGCAGCAGUGCUUGGCUGGAGCAGGCAGAUGUGGAGAAGCUUUGAAGUCACUUUGACAGCACUGAAAGAUUUUACCAGUGUUGAAUGAAGGACAUUUCCUUUUGUUUAAAACCUUUUGGGGCUUUUUUGGUUGUUUUUUUUCUUUUUUUUUUUUUU